AUGGCUGCUCUCCGAAUUCUUGGCCGACGCGUGCUACCGCCUGGUGCACGAAUGUCACAAACCGUAUCUGCAAUGUCGAGGCGCUUCAUUGGCAGCACGAGCGCCAUAGACUCGGCCUUAUACCGAAACAUGUUUGGUACAGGUGAAGUCAGGAAGAUAUUCAGCGACGAAAGUUACAUCAGACACUGCGUCACUGUCGAAACUGCUCUAGCUAGGGCGCAAGCGCAAUGCAAUGUCAUUCCGAACGAUGCAGCCACAGCCAUCACCGCAAAAGCAGACGCAUCGUCCCUCGACAUCAAAAGACUGGCCGAUGAGACUGAAAUUGUUGGAUAUCCCAUCUUGCCUUUGGUGCGACAACUUUCAAAUCAGUGCGGUGAAGCCGGAAAAUACCUCCACUGGGGUGCAACCACACAGGAUAUCAUGGACACUGCAUCCAUGCUCCAAAUAAAGGCAGGAUUGGACUUGGUUGAAGUAAAAUUGAACGGGGUCAUCCGAGCACUUACAUCACUUGCUAAAGAGUAUCGUGAUGCUCCCAUGGCUGGGCGUACUCAUCUUCAGCAUGCGCUCCCCAUCACCUUCGGGUACAAGUGCGCUUCCUGGCUCAGCGGAUUCCUGAGACACAGGGAAAGGUUGCAGCAAUUACGUCCCCGCUGCUUGCUUGUCCAAUAUGGCGGCGCUGCUGGCACCCUCGCCUCUCUUGGAAACGGCAGUGACGGCAUUCUGGUCCGAAAACAUCUGGCCGCUGAGAUCGGUCUGAACGAUCCCUCUAUGACCUGGCAUGUCGCGAGGGAUGGGGUCGCUGAAAUCAUCAACAUCCUCGCCCUCAUCGGAGGCUCUCUUGGAAAAGUUGCCUUGGACUUGAUCAUCAUGUCAUCGAACGAGGUUGGCGAAGUAGCGGAACCAUUCGUGCCGCACAGAGGGGCCUCUUCUACCAUGCCGCAGAAGAGGAAUCCCAUCUCGAGCGAACUCAUGUUGGCUGCAUCGAAAGCUCUUCGGGCCCAGGCCAGCCUCGGCCUUGAUGCUAUGGUGGCUGAUUUUGAACGGGCUUCCGGGCCAUGGCACCUGGAAUGGAUGGCCGUCCCGGAGAGCUUCGUCCUUGCCGUCGGUUCCUUGCACCAAGCCGAAUUUGUUCUUUCGGGUCUCAACGUAGACCGUGAGCGGCUGAUGCACAAUCUAGACUCUACAGGGGGCCUCAUUGUUGCCGAAGCUGUCAUGAUGGGUCUCGCCCCACAUCUCGGUCGUCAACAGAGCCACAACAGGAUCUAUGAAGCCUGCAAAGUCGCCAUAGAGACAAAAUUAACGCUGCACCAAGUUCUUGUGAGAGAUAGUGACUUGGUUUCUCUGCUUGGCGAAAGAAAGUUGCAGGAAUUGUGCGAUCCGAAAAACUAUUUGGGUGCCAGUACCCAGAUGGUAGACGCUGUGUUAGCAUUGAGUGAUGAGGCCAGAUAA